GCGUUUGGAAAGAUGGCGGCUUUCAGGGACCGUGGGUUCUCCGCGAAGGAUGGAAGCGGCGACGUGGGGCGGGUGGACUCGGAUCUCCUGUUGCAUCCGGAGUUGCUCUCGCAGGAGUUCCUACUGCUAACGCUGGAGCAGAAGAAUAUCCCAGUAGAAGAUGAGAUGAAAAUCAGUAAAGAUGGCCUUACUGACUUAUAUAUUCAACAUGUCAUACCACUGCCUCAGCGUGAUUUGCCUAAAACCAGAUGGGGAAGAGCAAUAGAAAAGAAAAGAGGUCAGCAAGUGUUGAAACAUGGCACCCAAAGCAUUAUGGCAAUGGAAAGUCUAAGAAAAAGGCCUCUCAUUGUGUUUGAUGGUAGUUCAACAAGUACAAGUAUUAAAGUGAGGAAGACUGAGAAUGGAGCUGAGGAUGAUCUAAAAUUCCUUACACCUGGAAGUACCAAUAUCACAUGUAAAAGCUUGGCUGUUCCUUCAAAUUCCAGAUUGUGCAUAUCUGCUCCCACUUUCUCAUAUAAUGAGGCUAAACAGAACAAUAUUGUAAUUAAUAUGUCACCUGGUCAAAAGUUAUCAGCUUUAGAGCCUCUUACAGGAACUAAUGUGACAUUAAAGAGAGCUGCUCCAAAAGAAGAAUUGGAUUCCUCAAAGCCUCCUGAAUCAAAAAAGAAGAUCCAGCAUGUAACCUGGCCGUGAACCUACAAGAGUUUGAAAUGUAAAUGAUGCUUAGUCUUCAUUUCAGUGCAGAAGAAUUGUACUAACCAGAAAUGCAGAUUGCAGUGGGUAGUUGCUUAGAACUUCACAGUAUGAAGAAAGCACCAUAUGUUCACCAUCAAUCAGAGAAAAUUUAUGUUGCACUUUGAAUUUCCUCUCCAUUUUAGAAGUUCAUUUUGGUAGAACAAAAUUGUUUUACCAGCCCUUUCUUCUGCAUUUUUAACUAUAGUCUAUAGAUCAGGUCUUUGCAUGAUUUGAUAGAGAAAGUUUCUAACUGUUCAGUUGUACAACAAUAUAUUUUUUAAACAUAUAUAUUUAAAUAGUAUGGAAGACUGUUUCCCUAUUCUGCUGAUUUUACUAAGAUAUUUGCACAGAAUGGUUCUGUUGAAAGGCCUAGAAAAAAUAGUUCUCAUUCUUAGGUGCCAAUAUUUUUUUUUAGAAACUAUUUGGGUCCUUUCCAGUUUUCUUUAGAUGAAACUCUGAACUGUGUGCUGGUAUUGCUUCAAAUUGAAGUUUUUGUUAAAAUGGAAGAUCAAAUGGAUUUCUCUUGUCUUUAGAGAUACAUAGGCAGAAGGCCCCCCACCCUCAAGUUUGUGUGUUGAAAAAAAACCCUGUGUGAAGCAGAACUGCAUUUUUUUACAGUAUGUGACCAGAAUUUUAUACUAUACUUGCAUUUUUAAGGAAAACUUAUUUAACUACCAAAUGCCUGACAAAAUUCAGAAGGAAAGUAAUGCUUGCUCUAUUUAUUUAUUUAUGCAACUAGAAAAAAGAUGAACUUAUCAUACAGAGAACAUUCAGUGGAAGUUUGCAGGGAUUAAAGUUCUGUCUGUGAAUAAAUUCUUUGAAACUUUUUUUUUGUUAUUUGAAGUACAAAGCAUCCCAGAAGUUAAAAAUAUUAGAAUUAUGUUUCUAUACAUGAGUUUUAUGUCAUUAAUGAAAUUGCAUUAGUUA